AUGACGUCGUACAGACAGCUGCAGAGUGAUGAUGUCAGUGAUCAGUUUGAUCUGGAUUCCCAGCCAGAUGCAUUCAAACCUCGAGGAGAAGUGGAGGUACAGAUUGAGCCAACUAAAGCCCGGACUAAAUCACGGGUCCGUCUCCCAAACACAAGCUGUACAAAGAAUAAAGUGAUCAUUGUUUUAGUUAUCAUGCUCUUGAUACUGGUUCUUGUUGCAUCUCUUACUAUCUAUGAACUGGAUAAACAUGGUGUUCAGUGCCACAAUGAAGCACAGGAAAACAAAGCAACAACUAAUCCAACAACAGAGCCACCUACUACAGCAUCAACAUCUACGACGACUAAAGUAGCAACACCAGCUACCACGCAAGCAGUUGCGACAAAUGGAGAAACUUUUCCUUGGACUAACAUCCGAUUACCCUCAUCUGCUAUUCCCUUUGAAUAUGCCAUAUUCUUACAUCCUAACCUUUCAAGCUUCGAAGUACAGGGCAAUGUUUCCAUACACUUCAACGCAAAAGAAGAGGUAUCUUUCAUUAUUCUUCAUGCGAAAGACAUGGAUAUCCUUAAACCAGAAUCCAUAGAGUUAGUUGAUCAUCUUGAGCCAAGUGUAGAUGUUGAAAAGCUGCUCAUCAACAAGAAACAUGAUCAGAUAUCUAUUGAAUUUGAGAAACCUAUAGGAAAAGAUGUGCACUGUAUCUUGACGUUGGAAUUCAACUACACCUUAGCUGAGGGAUUGGAUGGAUUCUACAGGAGUUCCUAUAAAAAGAAUGGACAAUCAGUGUAA